AUGUGGGAUGUGUACGACACACUUUAUGAGGACGUGCAGAGGGACUCUGGACUUCCUGUUCUUCCUGUUGCAGGCAACGGGUGGAGCUCCAGCGAGUUUGAGAGCUACGACGAGCAGUCGGAUGGCGAGAGCAAAGUGCCGACACGCAGCAAGCUCUCUCCUGAGGUGCGGCGGCUGAGGGAACGCUGUGCCAAGACCAAGCGUGAGCUGGCCAUGAAGCUGUCUGGCAAGCACCACUAUGACAUCAAGGUGCAGCAGCUCAUGAAGGCGGCGAGGAGCGGAACCAAGGAUGGGCUGGAGAAGACCAGAAUAGCCGUCAUGCGUAAAGUUUCCUUCCUCCAGCGGAAAGACACCAUCGAAGAGGAGGACGACGCAGGCUACCUGGAAGUGGUCGUGUCGGACGUGAAGCACCCGCCCCCGCAGCUGAGCGCCAUGCCAGAGGGGCUGACCAGCCACCAGGUUGUCCGGCGCCACAUCCUGGGCUCCGUCAUCCAGAGCGAGCGCAGCUACCUGGAGUCCCUGCGCAGGAUCCUGCAGGAAUACCACCGACCUCUGCUGGAGGCCGAGCCGCGCAUCCUGAGUCCACGGAAGAUCCGGCCCAUUUUCCACCGAGUCCGGGAGAUCACGCAGUGCCACGCCAUGUUUCAGAUCGCGCUGGCGUCGCGUGUGGCCGAAUGGGACAGCUGCGAGACAAUCGGAGACUUGUUCGUGGCCUCGUUCUCCAAGUCCAUGGUGCUGGAUGUGUACAGCGACUACGUCAACAACUUCACCAACGCCAUGGCUCUCAUUAAGAAGGCCUGCCUGUCCAAACCGGCCUUUCUUGAAUUCCUAAAGAAGAAGCAGGCGUCCAGUGCAGACCGCAUCACUCUCUACGGCCUGAUGGUGAAGCCCAUCCAGCGCUUCCCCCAGUUCAUUCUGCUGCUGCAGGACAUGCUGAAGAACACGCCUAAGGGCCACGUGGACCGCCUGCCCCUGCAGCUGGCCCUCACCGAGCUGGAGACCUUGGCGGAGAAGCUCAACGAGCAGAAGCGAGUCGCCGACCAGAUCGCGGAGACUCAGCAGCUGGCUCGCAGUGUCAGCGAUCGUCUGCUCAGCAAGCAGCUUAACCUGGACCAGGGGUCUCUGGUCCAGUGCGAGACGCUCAUCGAGACCGUGUACGGCGACCGGGGACAAGUCCUCAAAUCCAAGGAGCGCAAGGUCUUCCUCUUCGACGACGUCCUCAUCUGUGCCAACAUAAACGUCAAGGGGUCUCCAGAUAUCAGCAGCCUGGUCCCGGUGGGACCCAAGUACACCAUGAAGUGGAGCGCCCCCUUGCAGCAGGUGCAGGUGGUGGAGGUGGGUCAGGAGGCCUGCCAGAGCAAAGACGUGGUCUUCCAGCCCAGCAGCGGCGCAAGGCGGCCAAGCGUGGCCCAGGCCUCAGGUAAAUCCAUUCUGGGUCCCCCGCGGCUUUACCAGGAACUGCAGGAGCUCCAGCAUGACCUUUGUGUGGUUGAGGACGUGACGCUCCUGGUGGGAACUCUGCAGGGGACCUACCAGAACCUGAACACCACAGUGGCCCAGGACUGGUGCUUGGCUCUGCAGAGGUUCAUCCGUAUCAAAGAGGAGCAGAUCCAGAGUGCCAACAAAUGCCGCUUACGCCUGCAGGUGCCCGGCAGACCCGACAAGUCCGGUCGUCCUGUCAGCUUCAUGGUGGUCUUCAACACUCCCAACCCCCUCAGCAAAAUCUCCUGGGUCAACAGGAUGCACUUGGCCAAGAUUGCACAACGAUGCCACAGGUCCGGUCGUCCUGUCAGCUUCAUGGUGGUCUUCAACACUCCCAACCCCCUCAGCAAAAUCUCCUGGGUCAACAGGAUGCACUUGGCCAAGAUUGCACAACGGGAGGAGAACUCUCCAGGCUGGCUGUAUGGCGAGCACGAGGAGAAGACCAUGGCUCCUUUUUGGUGUCCGCUGCUGGCCAGUCGCAUGCCUGUGUUUGCCACCAAGUCCCCUGAGAGAAAGCUUGAAGCUGCCAUCCACAAUCCUGUUCAGUGUGCAAUGUUGGGCUUCUCUGCGGCCAGCACCUCCUUACCUCAAGGCUUUCUCUGGGUGGCAGGCGGUGGUGAAGCCUCCCAGGGCCACGUGGAGAUCUUCUCCCUCAACAGACCUGUGCUGAGGGCAGUGAAGAGCCUGCAAGUAGGGUCGGCCAUCAGGUGUCUGGAAUAUGUGCCGGAAUGUUCUCUGAGCGAGGAGGCAGAGCCUGGAGAUCCCAAGGCCACGCCGGGGAACGCUGCCAACAUCUGCGUGGGGUUGGACGACGGACGAAUUCUGGUCUACGGCAGCGUGGACACGGCAGCUCAAUGCCUCCUGACCCUCAGUAACCCCGAGGGUUGCCCCGUCAUGUGUCUGAAACACUCGCCCAACUUCCUGUUUGCCGGUCUUCGCAACGGAACCAUGGUGGUUUACGGGAGAAAAGACAGCGGUAAGUCUCCACCACACCCCUGCUUACUUCCCACAUCAGGGGUCUCACAUCCCCCAUAA